AUGUCUCCAUGGAUGAUGUGGAUGCUUCACCUUCUCCUUUACGCUCUGCUCUAUAAUCUUAGCUCUGUGUGCUGCCAGGGUAGAGAAUUGUCUGGCUUGACAGGUCUUGAGGAAGUCAUCCUGUCAUCAUGUGGAGUGGAGCAGGUCGACGCCAACACAUUCAAAGCUCAGAAGCAUUUAAAAUCUUUGGAUCUCCAGAAGAACAAGCUGCACCACAUCCCUCGCGGCCUUCCCUCCAGCCUUGAGAUCCUCCACAUGGGGCACAACUGGAUACAAACGCUGCAGGAGUCUGCUCUGCAUGGCCUGAGGAGACUUCGUGUGCUAAAUCUGCAGAAUAACCUGAUUACCACGGUGCGCUCAAGCACCCUCUCAGCACUGCUACAGCUGGAAUCUCUCUAUCUGGAUGGUAAUAAAAUUGAGACUGUCCAGGGAAUUCUCAGGCUGCCAGUGCUGAAUUGGUUUAGUUUGUCAAAUAAUAAGAUCUCAUCACUCCCAUCAGCUUUCUUUUCAUCAGUGCAACUUCUAAAGACUUUAGACUUGUCCUCAAACCUUCUGACCAAAGUUCCUCACAACCUCCCACAAGCCCUGAGUCACCUGAACCUGGACAGAAAUCAGAUCAGAUCAUUAAAGAGCCGUGGUCUGGCCCAGCUGCGUGACCUUACGACUCUGUCUGCCUGCUAUAACAAACUGGUGUCUGUAGACAGCAACCUUCGGCUGCCCAAUCUCACUGUGUUGGAGUUGGCAGGGAACCAGCUGCGAAUGCUGCCUAGCAGGCUGUCGACUAAACUUGAGAAGGUGGACUGUAGGCAGAACCAGAUACAGGAUGUGACCCAUCAGCAGCUGUCUGGUCUGACGCACCUGAAACAUCUCUUUCUGGAAAACAACACCAUCCGACAGUUUGAACCAAACGCUCUGAGGGACUGUGUUCACCUCAUCAACCUGGCUCUGGAGCAGAACCUCCUCUCCACCAUCCCACAUGGGCUCCCUGAAUCACUAGUGCGCCUGGAUCUGAAAGGUAACAGCAUCGUCACGAUUCAGGAGCACACCCUGAAGCCCCUCAAGCGCCUUCAAGUGCUGAAUCUGCGCAACAACAAGCUCUCCUCGCUGCCUGCCAUGAACCUGCUGCCCAGACUCAGGACUCUGUACCUGGAGGGAAACCUGUGGAACUGCACAUGUGAGCUUCUCAAAGUCAAAAGAGCACUUCUUGCUCGAGAUGUGUAUAUGAGCGCAGAAUUCUGCACCGAACCUGUCCCUUCUUCACUGGACAUUUGGCAAGCAUACGUCAUGGCCCAGGAGACGUGUGAAGAGCAGAACAGAGAGUUCUUACCAGAGAGCCACACAGUAAACACAGACAAUGAGGAGUAUGACGACUAUGACUUUUAAUAUAAAGAUGUGGGUUUCCCAAAAGCCUCUUAAUGCUAAGAGCAUCUUAACUAGGAGAGAGAGCAUUCAUUGUGCUGCUCGCUCUACCAUUUAACGAUGAUCUUUGUGCUGCGAUGCUUUUGGGAAACUCAGGCCAGUUUAGUAAAGAUCAGAAUUACAGUCUGCAGUUCAUUUUUAUACAGUAUAUAGAUAAAAUGAUGUUUAGGGAUUUUUAGUUCAU